AUGCCACAACUAGUACCUUUUUAUUUCCUAAAUCAACUAUCAUUCGUACUAUUUGGUCUAUUUGUGCUAAUUUUCCUAUUUAGCCGAUAUAUUCUACCUGCAUUUGUAGAACUAAAUGUAGUACGACUAUAUAUUACAAAACUGAACUUAAUAGUAUGUAAAUAUGUACAUAUUGUAAUUAUUAAUAAUAAAUAUAUUUUAAUAAUAAUUCCCUUAGUACAUAUUGUACAUUAG